AACAACACAACGCUACCUCUCUUCUCUUCUUCACAGUUUAGAGUUUACAUAAACACGCGCGCACACUCUCUCUCUCUCUUUAUUUUUUUUAAUAAUAAGAGUAAUACUUAUUAAUAUUAUUUAAUAAUAUUAUUGUUAUUUAUUAUUGUCUUCGUCGUCGUCGUUGUUGUUUUUGUGAAGUGGAGGUUGAUCGUGUUAGAGUGAGUGGUCACUGUGAAUGAGCAACGAAACAACGGGUGCUGUGACUGUGUGUUGUGUGACAGCUCGGUGAUGAUAAGCGUGUAUGGAAUUCCAUGCUGCAAUUUCCAUGUCUCAAGAUGCAAUGUGGCAAAUGAGCUUGAGGUCAAGUGAAACAAUGGAUUCAGGUCCUUAUCCUGAGCAUCCAGGAGAACCAGAUUGUUCAUAUUACAUCAGAACUGGCCUUUGUAGAUUUGGAGCAACAUGUCGAUUUAAUCACCCUCCGAACAGGAGACUGGCUAUUGCCGCUGCACGGAUGAAAGGCGAGUUCCCAGAAAGGAUAGGGCAGCCAGAAUGUCAGUACUAUCUGAAAACAGGAACUUGCAAAUUUGGAGCCACUUGCAGAUUUCAUCAUCCUAAAGACAAGGCUGGGAUUGCUGGAAGAGUUGCCUUGAAUAUUUUAGGCUAUCCUCUCCGCCCAAAUGAGCCUGAAUGCGCAUAUUAUUUUAGAACCGGACAAUGCAAAUUUGGGAACACUUGCAAAUUUCACCAUCCUCAACCAAGUAAUAUGGUGCUUUCAAUGCAGAGUUCUGCUGUUUAUCCUACCGUCCAAUCUCCAACAACGCCAGGUCAGCAGUCGUAUGCAGCAGGGAUUACAAAUUGGUCUAGUUCAUCCUAUAUCCCUAGUCCACGCUGGCAAGGCCCUUCAAGUUAUGCACCCUUAAUUCUACCUCAAGGAGUGGUUUCAGUGCCUGGGUGGAGUGCGUACAAUGGUCAAAUGGGACCAGACAGUCCACAGCAAACAAUGGGAAAUGAUCAAGCCUAUGGAACUUCUCGCCAAGGUGAUCCAGAAAAUACAGGAUCACAAGGGGCAUAUUCUCAAUUCCGUUCUGGCUCUGUACCUGUAGGAUUCUACGCGUUGGAGGGGGAGAACAUAUUUCCUGAGAGACCUGGUCAGCCUGAAUGCCAGUUCUACAUGAAAACCGGAGAUUGUAAGUUCGGUGCAGUCUGUCGUUUCCAUCAUCCACGUGAGAGGGCGAUUCCUGCUCCUGACUGCAUUUUGAGUCCACUUGGCCUUCCUCUACGUCCUGGAGAACCUUUGUGUGUCUUCUAUUCACGUUACGGCAUAUGCAAAUUUGGCCCAAGUUGCAAGUUUGAUCACCCAAUGGGAAUCUUCGCCUACAACAUAUCUGCACCACCUUCGGCUGACGCCUCAGGACGGCGUCUUUUGGGUUCGUCAUCAUCGGGAACCGCUGCGUUAAAUUUAUCAUCAGAAGAGCCAAGGAGGGUUUCAAUAUCCGAGACAAGACAUGUUCCUUCUGGUGAUGAUGAGGGAUAAUGAUGAUGUCUCUUGGAAAUGGGUCAUCUGAAUUUUACAAAAUUUUUUCAGGGGGGAAAAGGGUAAUCUGUAAAUUGAUUUUUCCAUUGCUGGAGAUGUACAGGGUACAAAGUACAGAUUUCAUGUCAACCUGAUUCUAUCAAAGCUUCUAUCUGAAGCAGUUGACAAGUUCAGCUGUUCUGGAUUUCUUGCUGCCAUAUUGUAUAAAAUUCACAAAUAUUUGUCACAUUGGGGAAAAAUCCAAUGUGAACAUUUCUUCAGUCCUUAAACCAGUAUAUCUAUUUGAAGUUUUCCCUAUAUGUAAAAAAAUAAAAAUAAAAAAUCUUUUUGGGAAUGUAAGAUGAUAAUAUUCGGCUCC